AGCUCACCCCCCAAUUCAGCCUCGACUGGGCUACUCCAUGCAUAUUAUUGUCCACAUAAAGAGGGCAUAUACUAUUCUAAAUCCAGAUAUCUCGGGUGGUUUCAUCUCUCCAAUUGGGCAAAAGGUUAUCUCUAGGACCCAGCUGAAUGGGAGAGACAAGUGUUGAACUAGAAUAGUUCUCGCCGUUCCUAUUAGCUCACGUUUGGGAAAAAGAUUGCUUAUCUCCAGUCUAGACUCUUAUUGGGGAGUGACAAGUGGUAGAGACAGUGGGAAGCCCGUAAUUACCCACUCCGAAUAUACCAUCGGUCUCGAGCUCUGUGGCUCUGUCCCUAAACCCCGCAGAGAGCAGAAAGAGCGGAGAGAGGUGGUUUAGGAGGUUAUCAAGGAAGAUCCCGAGACCUGAGGAACGCCUGCGUGGUCGACUGACUCAAUAUAUCAACCGCGUGGACGUCUCGGCUGCAUAAAAUAAACAGAUGAUUACGGAUAAGCGUGGAGGUUUCCCGUGUCUCCGGGUUGUUCCUGUCGCCGGAGACUCGUCUGAGCGGUAAUAGAGAGACUUGGACAGAAGCCGUUUGUGCUCCUGGGAUUUCCCUGAAAACCUCGCUCUCCGUGAAAGAGAGGGAUCUCCAAAGAAGAGGUUGGAUAAGGGCACUGACUGACUGACAGCCACAACGAUGAUUAAAUACACACCAACCUAACAACAUCACUCACACACCCAUUGGCUCACGAGGAGGAAGAUACAACACAUUGGCCCCGCCCCUUCACACUGUCUUUGGACAAAAACAAAAAAAACAGCCGCUUAGUCACGAUAGGACGAGGAGAGAGCCGCGAUGCUUUGUCCGGUGAUGUUGACCCUGCAGGCGUUGUGCGUGUGUGUGUGUGUGGCCAUGCAGCAAUAUCCAGCUGCCUGGGGCCACUAUGACGUGUGUAAGAGUCAGAUCUACACAGAGGACGGGUUAACGUGGGACUACAUGGCCUGUCAACCAGAAGCUACAGUCAUGACCAAGUACCUGACCGUCAGCCUGGACCCGCCCAAUAUCACCUGCGGAGACCCACCUGAGACAUACUGCACACUGGAAAACCCUUACAUGUGCAACAACGAGUGUGACGCCUCCACAGAUGAACUAGCCCACCCUUCGGAGCUCAUGUUCGAUUUCGAGGGCCGCAACCCCACAACCUUCUGGCAAUCCAGUUCCUGGACGAAGUACCCCAAACCCCUGGAAGUCAACAUCACGCUGUCCUGGAACAAGACCAUCGAGUUGACCGAUGACAUCGUCCUCACCUUCGAGUCCGGCCGCCCUGAGCAGAUGCUUCUGGAGAAAUCGCUAGACUACGGUAAAACCUGGAUCCCUUACCAGUUUUACGCUACCGACUGCCUCGACGCUUUUACCAUGGACCCCAAGACGGUCAACGAGCUGACCCAGCGAACCCUCCUCGACAUCAUCUGCACCGAGGACUACUCCCGUGGCUACGUGUGGAAGUACGAUAAAACAGUCCGCUUCGAGAUCAAGGAUCGGUUUGCGCUGUUCGCCGGGCUGCAGCUGUACAACAUGGCGUCGCUGUACGGUCAACUGGACACCACCAGGAACCUCCGGGACUUCUUCACUGUGACGGAUCUGAGGAUACGGCUGCUGAAACCGGCCACCGGGUCCACCAUGGUAGAUGAAAACAACUUGUCCAGAUACUUCUACGCCAUCUCUGACAUCAAGGUGCAGGGCAGGUGUAAGUGUAACCUGCACUCCAACAGCUGUGUGUUUGACAAGGACAAGGGGAAGCUGGGAUGUGAGUGUGAACACAACACAACAGGACCGGACUGCGGCCGCUGUAAGAGACACUACCACGGACGACCCUGGAACGUCGGGUCCUAUCUGCCCAUUCCCAAAGGAACUGCUAACAUCUGUAUCCAUAGCAGUCAUGGACCAGUGCAUCGAGCUAAUGCUUCAUCUCUGGGUGUUGCAAACCGUAAUCAAGCUCAUGUGUGUGACAACGCCAUGCUUCUCUGUCAGAACGGGGGAACAUGCCACCACCACCAGCAGCGGUGCCACUGUGCUACAGGUUUCACUGGCAUCCUUUGUGAGAGAGAACGAUGCCAGGGCCCUGGGCCCUGUGAGGAGUACCCAACGUCUGGGCAACCAUCCCUCCGCCACCCCCUCCUCUUCCACUACCUCUACCCACUCCUCCUGGGCCCCCCAGGUCUGCUCCUCACCCUAGUGAUGAUAGGGUUCUGCUGACAAUCGCUGUGUUCAUUACAAUUGGCCAGGGAACUUUGAACUUGGAAAGAUCUACUUGGCCUUAUUGCAUCUCUAAGCACAUGUCUUUGGGGGAUAUCUUGGGACGGCAGAAUCGUCUUGGGGGAAUGGAGAAGGAACUGCAGCACCAGAGACACUGACUGAGAUACAAUGUGUCAAACGCCACCAUGACUGAGAUGAGGUAGAAGUGCAAGUGUUUGCUGAUAAACUAGAUGAUUAACGAAGAUAUGCUUUAGGUCAGAGACAGACAGACAGACAGACAGACAGAGAGAGAGAGAGAGAGACAGACAGGAAAAAAACACAUCUGUUUUACAGUACAAUCUAUAAUCUAUAAUCUAUAAUCGCACAAUGAUUGCAUCUCAAAUGGCACCCUAUUCCCUAUAUAGUGCACUACUGUUGGCCAGGGCCCACGAGGAAUAGGCUGCCAUUUAUGAAGACAACAAUGUGUGACCUAGAAACACUGUUAGAAAUGUUGUCAUUCAUUGGGGACAGACUCAUCAUCUUCACAGAUGUUAUCCCACGUCAUGUGGAUCAUUGGGGACAAACUGAUCAUCUUCACAGAUGUUAUCCCACGUCAUGUGGAUCAACCAAACACCAUGACAUUGUACAAAACAAACAAGGAAUAAUCAUUUGAACUGUGGAUCUGUUGUCUGACUACAAAGUGGAUGAGGAGACGAGGAGAUGUCCAUUAUUUUGCUCCCUUCCAUUUUUCCUCCCUCCUUGUUACCUUCCCUUACUUCCCUCAAAUAUAUUCCACCUACUUGUGCUUUGGUAAACUCUAGUGAUUUUUGUUGGCUGCAGAAAAAGGCCAUUUUGACAAAAUGCUGCACACUUGUUACGAUCCAAGCCAGUCCCUUGACUACCGGUCGACUGCUGCACGCGUGUUACGAUCCAAGCCAGUCCCGUGACUACCGGUCGGCUGCUGCACACGUGUUACGAUCCAAGCCAGUCCCUUGACUACCGGUCGGCUGCUGAACGCGUGUUACGAUCCAAGCCAGUCCCUUGACUACCGGUCGGCUGCUGAACGCGUGUUACCAUCCAAGCCAGUCCCUUGACUACCGGUCGGCUGCUGAACGCGUGUUACGAUCCAAGCCAGUCCCGUGACUACCGGUCGGCUGCUGAACGCGUGUUACGAUCCAAGCCAGUCCCGUGACUACCGGUCGGCUGCUGAACGCGUGUUACGAUCCAAGCCAGUCCCGUGACUACCGGUCGGCUGCUGAACGCGUGUUACCAUCCAAGCCAGUCCCUUGACUACCGGUCGGCUGCUGCACACGUGUUACGAUCCAAGCCAGUCCCUUGACUACCAGUCGGCUGCUGAACGCGUGUUACCAUCCAAGCCAGUCCCUUGACUACCGGUCGACUGCUGCACACGUGUUACGAUCCAAGCCAGUCCCUUGACUACCGGUCGGCUGCUGCACCCGUGUUACGAUCCAAGCCAGUCCCUUGACUACCGGUCGGCUGCUGCACGCGUGUUACGAUCCAAGCCAGUCUCUUGACUACCGGUCGACUGCUCCACGCGUGUUACGAUCCAAGCCAGUCCCUUGACUACCGGUAGACUGUGAGAAGAAUAUUACUUGUUUGUUCUAUUUUGUCUUACUUGUUCUAUUUGUCGGAGGAGGCUUCUUAGUCAUGGCAACGCUUGUUGAGCUCACAUGUAUUGGAUAAAAUGAUGUAUCAUAUUGUAUUGUAGCUGUAUUAAAUUUUUGUACAAAACAAAAUA